GGCGCAUUGAAUUUAAAAAGAUUUAUACAAAGUUAUCAAGCCACCAGUUACUUAUAAUCAAUCCAUCAGUAGAUUACCCCAAAUCAUGUCUGAUAAACAUUUAUCCUCAGGAUCAGUUGAACCUCCUAGAAUCCAAGGACUCCUGAGAGUUUACUCAAUGAAACUUUGCCCAUUUGCCGAACGGGCACGGUUAGUUUUGAGAGCAAAAAAUUUACCACACGACAUCGUUAACAUUAACUUACAGAACAAACCAGACUGGUAUUUGAAAAUAAAUCCGAAAGGACAAGUACCAACCCUACUAGACGGUGACAAAAUAAUCACUGAGAGUCUAGAUAUUGCUGAUUAUCUAGACGAAAAAUAUCCUACAAACACCCCUUUAUAUCCAACCAAUCCAGAUGCAAAAAAACAUGAUCAGCAAAUAAUAAGAGAUCUUUCUCCUGGCCCUAUAAGUCUCCUUGCCCAAAUCCAAUACGGUGUAAGAAAAUGUACUCCACAAGAAGCUUUAGAAAUCCUUUUACCAGCUACUCAACCUCUAGAAGAUGAACUAGCUCAGAGAGGAACCACCUUUUAUGGUGGAGACAAACCUGGAAUGGUGGACUAUAUGUUGUGGCCAUGGGCUGAACGUGUGCCAGCUUUAGGCCCUCUUUUAGGUGCUGACAGGCUUCCAUUGACAGCUGAGCAAAUACCUUGUUUGAAAAAGUGGGCAAAAAUUAUGCUCACUGUGCCAACAAUAAAGGAAUUGUAUAUACCGCCGUCUAUAUUGGUGGAAGCAGCUCAAGCUAGAAAGACUGGGACUUUGAGUUAUGCUAAGCUGUUCAAUGAAUAAAUGCUUUUUUUUUAAUAUACA